CUGCAAACCGAGAAAGGCGCGGAAUCACGGCCUGACAGCAGCUCCUCACUCCAUUGGCUGACGACGCAGCCUUUACCUGUAGUAAGGUGUGCCAGCCAGCAGGAUGGACUUUUCUUUCCUUUGAUCAACUUCAGGAAACUUCAGGGAUUUGAAUCCAUCAAUGUUCCCAAGAUCAUGGAGCCCGUGACGUCUUGGAGCCCCGAGAGAGUUAGCGAGUGGCUCAAAGGCCUAGAUGCUCCUUUACAGCAGUACCCGUUCUCUGAAUGGCAGCUCUCUGGCUCAGAUCUGCUGCAGCUCUCCUAUUCCAAGCUGGAGAAACUCGGAGUGCAUAAAAUCGGACAUCAGGAGUUCAUACUGGAAGCUGUGGAAAAACUCUGUGCUUUGACAUACAGUGUUGGUGGUGACAGCCUGCGCAGUUUGACAGAGAACCUGCAUGCAGUAGCACACACUCUGCAGAUGAGCAUACAGGGCCACUGGCGCGUUAAAUCCAGUGAUGGACAGAGCGCCACCAAGCUGCCAAAACAAGUACUGCAGGCAGUGGUGGAUGUGAUUGCAGCAGCCAAGGGACUUAUUUCUCAGCUUAACAGAUAUCAGUUUGCACAGCAGACUGGAUAUCCAGCGAAUGAGAAACUCAUCUCUCUAUGUAAAGAUCUGGACACCACAGUGGAUAAGGAGACCGAUGUAUUCGAAAAGGAGAAGGACAUCAUCUCUAUAUGUCGUCAGUUGGUAUCAGUGUGUGAUGAGAUUUUGACUGUCAGUCCAGUGUCUCUUCUUACCCAUACUGCACAGCUGGAAAGUGUUGACCUGGUCCCAAUCUCACCAGAAGACCACGUGGGAAUUGAGAUCACCACCACAGGAUCCAGAAAUCAUUUUGUCUCUGGAACAGCAGCUGAGUCUCCCACAGAGUUCUGUGAGAAGAUUUUAGAAGGAGAUGAGGUCAUUCAGGUCAAUGGCCAGAUAGUGGUUGGCUGGAGCAGAACAAACCUUGUUCAAAAACUUGAGGAGAAUCCAAAUGGAGUAACUCUGGUUCUGAGAAGGGUUCCAGGGUUCCUGAAACGGAAAGAGAGCCGAGCCAAGUCUGAGAGGGAGUACGAAGAGGAAGAAGAGGAGAAAGAGAAAGCCAGACAUUCUCUUUUAGGGAGGGUGGCAGCCUCUGUCCGUUCUCUGUCCUUCAGAUCAGGACCAGACGCCACACAUAAUUUCAGACGGGAUAAAUCAGCACUCUCUAAAGAUCAAAGCUCUAAUGGACAGCAGUCAAACACCUUAAAACGGCCACAGCCAGGGACAGACUCUCAGCGUGCAAGCCGGGAAAGUUUGGAAGUGGGCUCCUCCGCAGGAAGGAGGAGUCCAUCCUCACAAGGGGUGAAGCUCAACAGAGGUAGCACCAGCUCCCUUCCUGAUAUGGCAGGACUAACUGAAGAAAAGGAGAAAAAGAAGAGCUCUACUAAAGGAACGCGAACAGCGAUGAGCCGGAGGAGGGUGUCCUGUCGAGAGCUUGGCCGUCCAGACUGUGAUGGUUGGCUCUGGAAGAAGAGAAAAGAAACAAAUGUCUUCAUAACUCAGAAAUGGCAGAGAUUUUGGUUUGUCCUAAAAGGUCCAACACUGUAUUGGUAUACCAGUCAACAGGAGGAUAAGGCCGAGGGGUUACUCAAGAUCAGCAGCUACAGUAUUGAGAGUGCAGGAGAACACAAGAGGAAGUAUGUAUUUCAAAUGUGCCACCAACGCUUUCACAAUUUCUUCUUCGCUGCUGAUAAUGUAACCGACAUGAGCAAAUGGAUUAACUGUUUAAUCACAGCCAUUCAGAAACACAAGAAAUAUGUCCAAAGUCAAGACAACGAAGAAGACUGUUACAGUGAAACUGAAUCGGAGGAGGAAACUUCUCGUUCACCUCUCCCUCACCACAAGAAACUAGUUACAAAAACUCAAACUCAAUCAAACACGCUCCCUCGAACGAAGGGUAAGAAGACACCAGCGUCAGAGCCAUUGACUAUUUCACAAGCAGGGGGCAGUAAAGUUGCAGGAAGUGUAGAUGAGAUGGAUGAAAUGUUUCAUAGCCUGAAAAAAGGAGGAGUGUCUCUGAUUGGUCAGAAUCAGCCAGUGACUCACGACCAGCUCCGAAAAUCCUUCAUCAAACGCAACAAAAACCCUGUCAUCAAUGAGAAAAUACACACACUUCGUGCUCUCCAGAGCACACUCAAGGCGAAGGAGGCAGAGUUGCACCUUAUUAACAAGAUCCUUGACGAUUCCAAGUUUUCGCCACAGAAGUUCCGUGAGUGGAAGCAGUUUAAUGAAGAGCUGCUUCAGGAUAUUGAAAACCUGUCUAAUGAGAGAGUGAAGAAACAGAUAGCCUCACCCAGAACAGAGUCAGUUUCCACAGGUGACGAUGAGGCAAGCAGACUGAGCCUGAGUGAUGGAGAACAGUUGGUAGAUGCGGAGCUUACUGAUGAUGGAGCCACCACCCCUACAGAUGCAACUGUGCAGAUGCAGACACAUACUACUGGCAUGGGUGAUGCCACACCCACAGAGAGCUACUUUUACAUAUGAAACACAAGCACAAACUGUCCAAAUACAUCAAUCUCCCUGACAAAUCAGAGCUCAGCCAAAAUCUGUCAAAUCUUGUCAGUCCUGUACUGUGUUAAAACAGCUUAGAGAAAUGAAAAUCUAAAUGUCUGGACCUGAUUUGCAGCAGAUCUAGGACUGGCUGUGUCACCAUUACUGAGAUUUAAUAUGUUUUUGUCAAAAGUGAAAAUCAUCUGGAGCUUUCAAAAAUGACUGUUGAACUUUCAAAACAAACAAUCACUGAAUCUAUGAUGAACUACUGAGAAAAGAACAAAUCAAAUUUUAGGGACUUGUUAAAGGUGGUUAUGCUGAUGUAUGCCAUUUUAAAUAGAAAUCUUACAAGAAUUAUAUUAAUAGGAUGUAUAUUUCUUUGUACUUCAGGUAUGUCAGAAAAGGUUUUAUGAAUGUUUUCAUAUGUUCAGACUGAUCUCAGAGAUAGACAUGAAAGUAUUGCUUUAAUAAUGAUCUGUUUCAGUAACACGUUACAGUAAGGUUUUAUUUGAUAACAUUAGUUAACAUAAACUAACAAUGAACAAUAAUUUUAUAGCAUUUAUUAAUCUGGGUGAAUGUUAAUUUCAUCAUAAAGUGAUACAUUUUUUUAAAUCAAAAGUUGUUAACAUUAGUUAAUGCACUAUGAACUAACAAUGAACAAUUGUAUUUUUAUUAACUAGCAUUAAUAAAGAAUUAUAAAUGCUGCAAAAAAUAUAUAAUUCAUUUAGUUUGUAAUACCUAAUGCAUUAACUAAUGAUAACAAAUGGAACCUUAUUGUAUAGUGUUACCAUCUAUUCUUUUUUAUUAUGAAUAAAGGUAUGUAACGUAUGCAUCUGUAUGGAAAUACAGAUCCUGAAAGCAACAAACUAUAUUUUUUUACUGUAAAAAAAAAAAAAAAAAAAGAUACCUCAUUUCGCAUGGAUAGUAACGUGUAUAUUAAAUGCCCAGCCAUGUUCAUUUCCCCAGACUUACCACACAAUGGUGCCAUGUGUUUUGUUCAAAAGGUGUAGCAUUCCUGUCCACAUGUUCCUUUCUAGUUUUGCAGUGUUUUUUAUUCCAAGUGUGUAUAUUCAUCCAUAUAAUAGCUGACUUUAUAUGUGCAGAUGCAUCAGACCUCUCUUUUCCUGUUAGAUGCAAUGUGUGAUUUGUUUUAUCUUCCAAUGUGUCUUCUGCCAAAUAGCUUGAACGUUUUUUCUAAAUUAUUUGAUUUCUGUUGAAGUUUUAAAGACUUGCUUUUACACAAAAAAAAUGUUCUCACACAAUUGGAGGUACCAAUGAAAUAAAAUAAUGUUUUAA